AUGUUAUCUCAUUCUCCAGAACAUGCUGUAGUUAUUUAUAAAUGUGUAACCACCAGCUGCCUUUUCUCACAGUUUUUUUCCUCUCUCAAAAAUACUCUGAUAAGCAGCAAACAAGGAACAACCACAGGACUACAGGCAUUUGUAUGUAACUAUCUUCAAAAGCGGCUAUAUAAAAUAUAUAUAAAAAACAUGAAAAGCACAUUAAUAGGAUUUCUUAUGAACUUUUGGAUUUCUUUUUCACUCGCUUUGUAUUUUCACAUUGGAGAAAGAGAAGAGAAAUGCAUAAUUGAAGAUAUUCCCAGCGACACCUUGCUAGUCGGGAAUUACAAAGUACAACGCUGGGAUAUACAUAUACAUGACUUUCUUGAAUCUGCUCCUGGCUUGGGAAUGUUUGUGACUGUCACAAGCCCUACUGGUGAGGUACUGUUGUCAAAACUGUAUGGGCCACAAGGGACCUUUACUUUUACAUCCUACAUCUCUGGGGAGCAUAUCAUCUGUUUCCAGUCUAACUCCACAAGAUUUGCAGUGAUUGCAGGAAGUAAACUGCGUAUCCACUUGGACAUCAGAGUUGGAGAACAUUUUUUGGAUGAAUCUGCUAUUCGAGCCAAAGACAAAGUGAAUGAAGUUAAUAUCAGACUAGAGCAUCUAAUUGAGCAAAUUCAUCAUGUAACCAGAGAACAAGACUAUGAAAGAGAGCGUGAAGAAAAAUUUCGGAAAACAAGUGAAGAAACCAACAGCAAUAUUUUGUGGUGGGCUAUAGUACAAACACUAAUCCUCAUCUCUGUUGGAAUUUGGCAAAUCAAAUCUCUCAGAGAUUUCUUUAUAUCUAAGAAGCUUGUUUAA